AUGACAGAACACAAUCAGACUCUGUUAACUGUGUUUGUCCUCACUGGACUCACAGAACACCCUGAUCUAAAGAUUGUGCUGUUCCUGGUGUUUCUUGUCAUCUACCUCAUCACCAUGGUGGGCAACCUUGGACUGAUUGCUCUCAUCUGGAAGGACUCCCACCUUCAGACCCCCAUGUACCUAUUCCUUAGUGGUUUGGCCUUUGCUGACUCAUGGACUUCAUCCUCUGUGACUCCUAGGAUGCUUAUAAACUUUUUAUCUAAGAAUCAUGAGAUUUCCCUGGUUGAAUGUUUUACCCAAUUUUAUUUUAUGGGUUCCAGUGCAACCACAGAAUGUUUCCUCCUCCUAGUGAUGGCCUAUGACCGCUAUGUGGCCAUAUGCAAUCCCUUGCUUUAUCCAGUGGUGAUGUCCAAUAGACUCUGCACUAAGCUUAUAGCUGUUACAUACUUAAUUGGUGUUUUGCACUUAGCAAUUCAUGUGGGUUUGUUAGUUAGAUUAACUUUCUGUAGAUCCAACAUCAUACAAUAUUAUUAUUGUGAAAUUUUACAACUUUACAAAAUUUCUUGUACUGAUUCUACAGUUAAUGUCCUUGUGCUUUUAAUCUUUUCAAGUUUUAUACAAGCCUUCACCUUUGUAACCAUCAUGGUCUCUUAUACUCACAUCCUCUUUUCCAUUAUAAGGAAGAAGUCUGAAAAUGGAAGAAGCAAAGCUUUGUCCACCUGCAGUGCCCAUCUGUUCUCUGUCUCUUUGUUCUAUGGUACACUUUUUCUCAUUUAUGUUUGUCCUAGGUCUGGAUCAUCUGAAGACAAAGAAAAAAUGCUUUCUUUAUUUUACACAAUAAUAAUUCCCCUUCUAAAUCCAUUUAUUUAUAGCUUGAGGAACAAAGAAGUUAUAAGUGCCUUUAGAAGAAUAAUGAAGAAAUAA